AUGAAAUGUGGGAUAACUAAGCCAUACCGCAUUCUGGUCCUCAUCUGCACAGUUACGGCGAUGGCCCUUCUGUGGUGGGCCUUCAGCCUGUCCACCUGGGCGAAGGUGGACAUUGCUAAUGGCCACCAGGUCCUGUUCAGUGCCCUGUUUGCCACCUGCAGCCAAGAGGUCAAGUGCUGGGUUCCUCCACCCAGGUCAUGUGUCUGUGUGUUCCUUGCGUUGCUGCUGCACACUCUGUAUAUUUGGAGAGUAACUGACAUAUUCAAGGAAGCGAAAGUCACCCUUCUCUACCCCUAUUUCAUCCUCUCAGUCAGCAUCAUGCUGUUUUUCCUGUCUGGAAUUCUCUGUUUCAUCAGCGCCCACCACUGUUGGUUUUGGUGUGUCCUGCAGCGGCCUAUUCAAGUGGAACCCAUGCAAACACCCAUGGCCAGUCACUGCCCUGUAACUGACUCUGAGAAUAAACUGAGUGCAGACAGCUACCCGACCCUCCGUGGUGACCGUGGGAACCCCCUGUCGAGCCUGCACUUCGAGACUUUACGGCUCCAUGCUCUUGUUUAA